UUUCAGUUUCUCAAUAUCACUCCAAAAAACGUAGGCGCAAUGACUGCCGAUUUUCUAGGUCUUUCUGGGGUUCAUGUGUUUGUGACUGGUGCCUCGGGCGGCGUGGGUCUCGCAACUUCGCGCGCAUUCCUGGAGCAGGGCGCCAAGGUAACUCUACACUACAACACCACCAGCACUACACUCGCACCCCUGGUAGCCGAAUACCCAAGCACCACAUGCAUGGUUCAGGCGCGCAUUGACGACGAGGCUGAGAUCGAACGGGCAUUUGCGCAGGCAAACUCUGCACUGGGCCCCGUGCAAGUGCUGAUCGUCAACCAUGGGAUCUGGCCGGCCAAGGACAUCCUGCUCAAGGAUAUGAGCCUGGAACACUGGGGCCACACACUAAGCGUCAACCUGACGGGAAGCUUCCUGGCGAUCCGCUCAUUUAUGCAGCAGCUGGUUCACUACCGGGUGCAGGACAAUGUGGCUGUGGUGAUGAUUGGCUCGACAGCAGGCAAGUUCGGCGAGUGGUACCACGCCGACUACGCGGUGACAAAGUCAGCGAUGAUGGGUGGGUUGACGCUGAGCCUGAAGAACGAGAUUGUCCAGUUCUGCCCUCGCGGUCGCGUCAAUACUGUGGCGCCCGGAUGGAUUCGCACGCCCAUGGCUGAGCCAACGCUGGCGAACAAGCAGGUGGUUGAGCGGGCCUUUGCGACGUCGCCACUGAACAAGAUUUCGGAGCCCGAGGACGUCGCCCGCUGCAUUCUGUUCCUGGCCAGCGAGCGCGCUGCGGGCAAUAUCACUGGGCAUGUAGUCGACGUGAACGCUGGGAUGGAAGGCCGCAUCAUCAACCCAGUCACCGUACUACCCAAACUUUAACGAUCAGUUUUCCGAUUACCAAAAUAUUUAAUCACCCGAUACCAAUCACCUUUUGCCUGUUCAGUUGGUCCAUGACGAUAAGCUGAAAGCGCAUGCCUGCAGCCGAUGAUGCAAUCUGGGCCAUCCUGGCAAGUCGAUAAGGCUCAUUUUACACUUCACUGUAACAAAAUAAAAACCCU